AUGAUUCUUUAUGACUCUGACUCCGAUGAUGAGUUGGAGAUAGUUACAAUAGCUUCUAUGGAAGCCGAGAGUUCAUCAAAGUCACGACAUGCUGCUCAUAAACGACGCGAGUUCGUUUGGCGUAAUCCUUUGCAAGGCCAUCAAAGGCAUUUUCUCGACUAUUUUGCUGAUCCACCAGUAUAUCCUCCCAAAUUAUUUCGGAGAAGGUUUCGAAUGAAUUGUUCUCUUUUUCUCCGCAUUCAAUCUGAAGUAGAAGCUUAUGAACCAUAUUUUGUUCAGAAAAGAAAUGGUGCUGGAGUGCUCGCAAUUGAUUUUAUGGAUGAAUACUUGAGGAUUGGAGAAAGUACUGCAAUGAAAAGCGUAAAGAAAUUUGUCAAAGCAGUGGUUGCAAUUUUUUCUGAUGAGUACUUGAGGUCACCAAACAACGACGACAUUGCUAGUCUUUUAGCUGUUGGCGAAAGUCACGGUUUUCCUAGGAUGUUAGGGAGCAUUGAUUGUAUGCACUGGACCUGGAAGAAUUGCCCAACUGCAUGGAAAGAACGGUCUUCCGUAUUUACCGAGCUUGCUCAAGGGCGUGCUCCUCGAGUUAAUUACACCAUUAAUGGAAACGAAUAUACCAUGGGAUACUACCUUGCUAAUGGAAAAAAGAAUAAACAUUUUGCUGAGGCCCAAGAGGCGUAUAGAAAGGAUGUAGAGCGUGCAUUUGGAGUGCUUCAAGCACAUUUUGCAAUUAUGCGUGGACCUGCAAGACCAUGGGAUCUUCAGACUCUUAAAGAUAUUAUAAAGGCUUGUAUAAUACUACACAACAUGAUCAUUGAGGAUGAAAGAGAUGACGAAGGAGAACAAAACAUUGAUUAUGAACAAAUCGAUAAAAUCCCUCUUUCACAAGUGUCACUUGAACGUACACCUGAUAUCAUGGAAUUUAUUCAACAACAUCGUCGCAUAAGAGAUAGAGAAACUCAUUCUCGACUCUAA